AGCACCGCGCCAUCCAAUCACGACGAGCGACGUUAGCGCGUCCUGUGCAGCCAUGUUGUGGUUUUGAAUGAGGAAGAAGCGGGAGAUAUUAUUCUUCAACGAGUGUAUAUAAAAAUUUAAAGUGACGUUAAGGGUACGUAGAUGACUUUCGGGGGGUGACUCGAAAUGAUAGCCGUUUUUUUGAACGCGUCGGUCGCGACUUAUCGCACUGCUGAAGGAAUUUAAAACACACUUCCAUAAAUUAGCCGUGUAGCUAACAACGUUAGCUAGCAAGGCAGUAACCACAGUGUGCUAUCAAGGCUGGAAGCUAAUUCUCAGCUAAGUAGCGAACAGUUAGCGUGUUUCGUUGGGAAGUAAAAUGUAAUUUCAUAGGAGUAUUACCACUUGAAACAGUCUCAGCUAACCUGCCUCAGUCGAAUGACGCGCAUUAUCUUAAUUAGUUUUGACCUCAUUGUCAGCUAAGUUAAGACUGGACGGCUGCUUUUAAUUAGAUUUAUCCUCAUACCGCGGUGAGUUUGUGCCUAUUGCGCCAUGUUGAAUAAAAUCUAUGAAUGGGUUGAGACAAGUUUCGCCAAUCUCCGCGACGGUGUAGCAGCUGUGGAUACACACCAGGCGCCGGGAGAUGUCCAGAUGAGGCGGAAAAGACCAAUUGAAUGUCUGGAUGAUGGACACAACACCGACCAAGAUGACUUGACUAUAAAGAAAUCUCGAAUGGGGGAUCUCAUUGACACAGUCAAGAUUGCGGCUGAAGGAGUGAAGAGUCAUAGCUCCAGUGUGGCUUCAUGGAUGAGGAACAAUGUGAGCCCCACCUUUAGAAAUAUACUGCCUGCCUCCCCUGGUCCUCCACCUGGAGAACUGCAGUCGCAGCCCUCAACGUCAACAUCAACAGCGCACUGGGCAGGGAUGCCGAUCUUGGAAAGAAACUCUCUGGAUAAGACAUUUGCUGCUCCCUUGACAACUGUUGAUUGGAAAACAUCCAAAUCAGAAUACCUGCGUAGUGAAAAGUUUAUUAUGGGAUCAAAAGUCUGUAGGCGACAAGUGUGCAUGAGUCCGACACAUCGCGAAGUGCCAAAAACAAAUGGGCACCCAGUCAACGCACCACCCUCACUCACCCCUGAAUAUCAUCCCUCUCCUCGGUUGGGCAGGCCCCUCAGACCUUAUGGACCGCCAAGUUUGUUCAGUGGAGUGUCAAGUAGCUCCUGCACCAGCAUGUAUGAGAAGACCUUUCCAAUCAAAGUGGUCCAGAGCCCGACACACAGCGCCUCAUCUGGCCGCAUACACAGGCCCAGGCCUCGCUGCACUGCACAAGAGUCUGUACGGGAAGAGGAGAAGGAGGUCUACAGGCAGCUUCUGACCAUGGUCUCCGGUGGUCAGUCUUCUUUCCUUAACAACGGCAGCUCACACGCCAUCGUGAGGUCACACAGAGAUUUCACCAGCUUUCUGACCACCAGCCGCAGACUUCUACAAAUCUCAUCUCCUACUGGGUUGGCUGGGGACGACACUUCAGACGGACCUAGCAGCCCCCCAAGUCCCCAGGACAUGUCCAGCCAGAGCUCCAGCAACCUUCCCAGCCCAGUUGGGGCCUCCAACAACAGGCCAGGGAGCCAGGCAUGGUCUGUGGACACAGACGUCAGCUCCAGCAGAGCAGCUACUCUAACAUCAGCCCCCUCCCCAUCUUCUCUGCAGGAUAGCUCAUCUCAGGACACACAAUCCUCAGCACAUAAUGGCGACUCUGUAAUUAUUGUAAACGAACAAAAGGGUAAAAAGCAAGACAGCGCAAGUAUGCCAUGUUUCCAAGCUGAGUUAUGGAUCAAAGAAUUGACUAGCAUGUAUGACUCUCGGGCGAGAGAAAGACGGAGACAGAUAGAGGAGCAGGAGGCCCUGGCGGACCAGCUGCAGCGACAGCGCCUGUCUGAAAAGGGUCAACGCAGCCCAGAUGUGGUGGUCCAUGUUCGAGUUCCUUUGGAGAAGGAGGUUCCUUUGACUCCUUUGAUAGAAGAACCAAAACCUGUGGAAGAGAAACCUGAAUUCCCUGAAAUGACAGAGGAAAUGGAGGCCGAGAUAAACAAGGCACUGAGGGGAGGUGGUUCUCAUGAAGUAUUAAGUGAAGGUUUUGGUCUCAGCUUAACACGCAAAGACCUCCAGACCCUCAGCAACCUCAACUGGCUGAAUGAUGAGGUGAUCAACUUUUACAUGAACCUGCUGGUGGAGCGCAGCAAGGACCCCGGCCUGCCAUCAGUCAACACUUUCAACACUUUUUUCUAUCCCAAACUGCGCGACAGUGGCUACUCUGCUGUCCGCCGCUGGACCAAAAAGACAGACAUCUUUUCUAAAGACAUCCUGUUGGUUCCUGUCCACUUGGGGGUGCACUGGUGCCUCUCUGUGGUGGAUUUCAGGAAAAAGGCGAUCCUGUACUUUGAUUCUAUGGGAGGAAACAACGAUGAAGCAUGCAGAAUAUUGUUUGAUUACCUGCAACAAGAAAGUAAGGACAAGAAGGGUAAAGAAAUGGAUACCUCAUGCUGGACUUUGCACAGCAAAAAACGCCAUGAAAUCCCACAGCAGAUGAAUGGUAGUGACUGUGGAAUGUUCACAUGCAAAUAUGCAGAUUACAUUACCAAAGACAAGCCAAUCACAUUCACACAGAAACACAUGCCCUACUUCAGAAGAAGGAUCGUCUGGGAGAUUGUAAACCGCAAGCUGUUGUGAUAAGAGGACUGUGAACUUUAAAAAAAAAAAAAAAAAAAAAUCAGCUCACAACGUUUAAAAUAAGAGCUGUACCGAGUCGUACAGUGGUCCUUCUUUGGGAUCAUCUUGCACACCAGCUCAUCAGAUCAGGAACCAGCUCCUCUACUCUGAAUCCUCUAAACCCUCAGCAGAUGAGAUGGAGCACCCAGCACUGCCUCCUGUCCUUUACCCCACCUAUGUUUUUUUUACUUGUACUUGUUGUAUUUUUUGGUGCACCCGUGGAGCAUCAGUAUGGCAGCUGGAACACUGCAUGUUUUGUAUUGCUCAGCCAGAACAGAUUUUUAAAUCACUGUCUUACAAACCAUACUGAGAUGCAAUACUCAAUUUGAUGCAGACAUACAAAGUUUACAUGUAUUUGCCUUACAGGGAGAUAAACGCAUUAUGCUGCGUAAUUCUUAUACAGAAAGAUAUUAAAUUAUAGUGUUACUGUCAUCGUUUGAUACUCUCUAUGUGAAAGGAAUAAUCAACUUUACAGUUCAAAGUAUAAUGUCAACACAUCUGAUAACUGGCAUCUAGUCCAAAACUGCUCCCUUUGUAUUUGGACAUGAGACUAGUUCAGUUUUCUUUUUUAUUUCACCAAAACAGGAUGAUUUUUGUAAAUGUUGAAUCGCACAAAAGUCUUUAUCUCCGACAUUGCCUCAGUGUGAUUUAUAAACAAAGCAGGAUGUGGUCUAACCUUUUCCAGUGACAUGCAUGUCUACCAAAACAGUCAUAGAUGCCCCCUCAAACGGCAGGGUUUUUUUUUUGUCCUUUCUUUUCCACAAGUCUUUAUAAAAGAUUGUAAAUUAAGGUCCAAAGUCUAUUUUAUGUAUUUUUUUCAGAGGAACGUUUUCUUCAACACAAACUUUGGUGUUCAGUAUAUUUUGAAAUGUGUACAUACAAACAUAUAGCCUCUCGAAUAGUGUAAUAUACUUUUUCUUUAUGUAUUUUUGUUAUCUAUUUUUUAUCUAGAUUCAACUUUGUUAUAGAAAUAAAUGCUCAUGUAUUGUG